UAUGACCUUUGUUUCUAUAUCACAGGCUAUGUGGCAUACUUCAUCACAGCAUGCAUAUUAGACUUUGAGAGGUCCAUUGCCCUUGUGGUCCUCACCAGUUUGGCAGUUGUCUCCAAAGCCUAUGACCUUGUGAAGACAUACCAUGGAAAUAGCAUAACCAAAUGUUUCAUACCAGCUCAAAGAUGCUACAACAAUUUCUGGGGAUGGAUAAUAGGAGUUUUCGUUGUUGCGGUGCUGGUCCUGCUAGUGACUUGGCUCGUUGUGGACACAAGCAAGCGACCAGAGCAGCUCAUCUCAUUUGGAGGCGUCUGCAUGUUCAUUCUAGUCAUUUUCAUCUUCUCAGCCCACAGGACAGAGGUGGCAUGGAGGUCAGUUUUUUGGGGUCUUGGUUUACAAUUCUGUAUCGGACUGUUUGUCAUAAGGACAGAGACGGGACUCACAGCCUUCCAAUGGCUUGGAGAGCAAGUGCAGAUAUUCUUGAACUACACAAAACACGGGUCAUCAUUUGUUUUUGGACCACUAGUAUCCGACAUCUUCGCAUUUCAGGCUUUGCCCAUUGUGAUAUUCUUCAGCAGUGUGAUGUCAGUUCUUUAUUUCCUUGGAAUAAUGCAAUGGCUCAUCAUUAAGAUCGCAUGGGUAAUGCAGAUAACGAUGGGAACCUCACCCACUGAGACCUUGAGUGUUGCAGGCAACAUAUUUGUUGGACAGACUGAAGCGCCAUUGCUGGUUCGCCCCUAUUUGAUGGACAUGACCAAAUCUGAAGUGCAUGCUGUCAUGGUUGGAGGCUUUGCCACCAUUGCAGGAAGUGUGAUGGGUGCAUUCAUCUCAUUUGGUAUUGAUGCAUCCUCUAUGUUAUCUGCCUCUGUCAUGGCUGCCCCAUGUGCCUUGGCAAUCUCCAAGCUGUCCUAUCCGGAGACAGAAGAGAGCAAAUUUACAUCAGAGGAAAAUAUCAAAGUGGCUUGUGGUGAUGAACAGAACAUUUUGGAAGCAGCUAGCAGUGGAGCAUCUACAUCAAUAGGCCUUGUUGCUAAUAUAGCUGCCAACUUGAUUGCAUUCGUUGCGAUACUGGCAUUCAUCAAUGCAUCUCUUGGCUGGCUGGGAGGCCUGGUGGGAUUUCCCUCUAUCACAUUUGAGGUAUGCUCCAGGCAGCUCCACAUACCUUAAUCCCACAUUCAAAGAUCCUUCUGUCUUGACUUGACACCCAUGACUAACCCAGUACUUUGUGAUGAGUGAUGGACAUGCUUUGGCAUUUUUUUUAUUUAACAGCGUGUGAUGCAUGGCUGAAUAAUUGUGCACAUCACAAAAUAAGAUAAGAUAAUUAUUUCAUUGUGCCUUGGUAAAAUGUCCAAAUCAUCGAAAUGUGUAAAAUAAUUCAGAUUAGAAUAUCUGGGGUUCGUUCCUUGUUCAUUGUCAAUCAUUGGCUCAUUGGUGAAAUUAGCAUUAUGACAAUAGCUUUAAUUAAAUCAUUCAAAAUGCUUUAUUAAUGCAAUUGCAGACAGAAGUUGACAACAGGUGCAUAUUACGCACGUUCCUGAGUAAAUUCUGAAAAAUAGAAAAGGUCCCAAGUUAUUUUAUUAAACCCGAAGUCCAUCCCUAGUGAUGUCACUGCAUACGUUGUUACAUUCUACUCAUCAGACCAAGCUCAUGCAUACACAGCUAUAUAAACUUGCAAGAGAGAUACAAUAGUUCCAGUGUUUUCUAAGGCCUAGGCAGUAAAUGUCCACUCCACAAGUUGAUUAAUUGUGGAAUGUCUGACUUGUCUCUUAUCUCUUACACUCCCCUGCAGAGUUUUGUCUCAGUCACACAUGUCUCAAAAUGUUUCUUUAUAAGAUAUCUAUAUUUAUAUCUAUCCUACCCUGCCUCUCUAAGGUCUUCGAAAGCCAAGUCAACAAACAGAUUACCGACCAUUUCGAAUCUCCCCAUACCCUCUCUGCUAUGCAAUCUGGUUUCAGAGCUGGUCAUGGGUGCACCCCAGCCACGCUCAAGGUCCUAAACGAUAUCUUAACCGCCAUCGAUAAGAAACAUUACUGUGCAGCCAUAUUCAUUGAUCUGGCCAAGGCUUUCGACUCUGUCAAUCACCACAUCCUCAUCGGCAGACUCGACAGCCUUGGUUUCUCAAAUGAUUGCCUCGCCUGGUUCACCAACUACUUCUCUGAUAGAGUUCAGUGUGUCAAAUCGGAGGGUCUGUUGUCUGGACCUCUGGCAGUCUCUAUGGGGGUGCCACAGGGUUCAAUUCUUGCACCGACUCUCUUCUCUGUAUACAUCAAUGAUGUCGCUCUUGCUGCUGGUGAGUCUCUGAUCCACCUCUACGCAGACGACACCAUUCUGUAUACUUCUGGCCCUUCUUUGGACACUGUAUUAACAACCCUCCAGGCAAGCUUCAAUGCCAUACAACUCUCCUUCCGUGGCCUCCAAUUGCUCUUAAAUACAAGUAAAACUAAAUGCAUGCUCUUCAACCGAUCGCUGCCUGCACCUGCCCGCCUGUCCAACAUCACUACUUUGGACGGCUCUGACUUAGAAUAUGUGGACAAUACAAAUACCUAGGUGUCUGGUUAGACUGUAAACUCUCCUUCCAGACCCACAUCAAACAUCUCCAAUCCAAAGUUAAAUCUAGAAUUGGCUUCCUAUUUCGCAAAAAAAGCAUCCUUCACUCAUGCUGCCAAACAUACCCUUGUUAUACUGAUCAUCCUACCAAUCCUCGACUUCGGCGAUGUCAUUUACAAAAUAGCCUCCAAUACCAUACUCAAUAAAUUGGAUGCAGUCUAUCACAGUGCAAUCCAUUUUGUCACCACAGCCCCAUAUACUACCCACCAUUGCGACCUGUACGCUCUCGUUGGCUGGCCCUCGCUUCAUACUCGUCGCCAAACCCACUGGCUCCAUGUCAUCUACAAGACCCUGCUAGGUAAAGUCCCCCCUUAUCUCAGCUCGCUGGUCACCAUAGCAUCACCCACCUGUAGCAUGCGCUCCAGCAGGUAUAUCUCUCUGGUCACCCCCAAAGCCAAUUCUUUCUUUGGCUGCCUCUCCUUUCAGUUCUUUGCUGCCAAUGACUGGAACAAACUACAAAAAUCUCUGGAACUGGAAACACUUAUCUCCUUCACUAGCUUUAAGCACCAGCUGUCAGAGCAGCUCACAGAUUACUGCACCUGUACAUAGCCCACCUAUAAUUUAGCCCAAACAACUACCUCUUUCUUUGGUCUUGGCCAUAGUGGAGUUUGGAGUGUGACUGUUUGAGGUUGUGGACAGGUGACUUUUAUACUGAUAACAAGUUCAAACAGGCGCCAUUAAUACAGGUAACGAGUGGAGGACAGAGGAGCCUCUUAAAGAAGAAGUUACAGGUCUGUGAGAGCCAGAAAUCUUGCUUGUUUGUAGGUGACCAAAUACUUAUUUUCCACCAUAAUUUGCAAAUAAAUUCAUAAAAAAUCCUACAAUGUGAUUUUCUGGAUUUCUUUUCUCAUUUUGUCUGUCAUAGUUGAAGUGUAUUACAGGCCUCUCUCAUCUUUUUAAGUGGGAGAACUUGCACAAUUGGUGGCUGACUAAAUACUUUUUUGCCCCACUGUAUAUAUACUGUAUAUUGUUAAUCUGUAGUCUAGGACCCUGUAAAUGUAAGG